AUGCGUCUUUGUGGGCGUAAGGCCUUCACCCUGAAGUGUCAGGACUGGGUGGGGGGCCUCAUCUUGUGUGACCGCCGUUCCCACAUGCCUCACAGCUACUUCCACUACGUCAGGGGCCACCGGGUUAAGCACCAGCUCAUUCUGUCCCUGUACGUCAGCGCCAUCUAUUUCAGUGACUCUGGCAAGGGGCCGCCGCUGGGGUACUUCCACCGGAAGAACAUCACAAGACGAAUUAGGGGGGCUGUUUGUUACCUGCAUCCACAACACGAUUUCAGAUUGUGGUGGAAUGACGACUGGGGACUGGUGUGGCAGCUUAGCGACUCCUUCGUAGCGUGGGGCUCGGCAUCUGGCUGUGACCCGCUGGCAGUCAACAAAGGCUCUGGACCAGACUCUCCCCUCCGUUGUUGGCAUGGUGGUCUGGAAUGCCAGGAGACCCGGGUGGCUGCCCAAUUAGGGCAGACUUUGAGGCCGGUGGAGCACUGGCUUCAGGUUCUGCCCCCAACUGAACUGCCCCCACUGCUUGGCCCUCAGCAGCAGGGAGAGUCAAAAAUCCUGAGACCUCUGAAGCCUCUGGGGACACCACCGCUGAGUGUGUCCAGCCCCCCCACAGUUCACACAAAUGGGCCUACCCUCUGGGUCCCACUUAAAGGGUGUGCCUACAGACCGGCUUUGGGGUCUUGCUCUUUGGCCAGUUGGAGUCCCAGCAGACUGUUGGUGGUUGGAAAAUUGUGCCUUAAUUUCUGA